GCUUGUAGCUGAGAUGGAAGUAUAAAUCGAAUCUGGAUUCGAACCACAAUCACAGUCGAAGCCAAAGUGUCUUACAGUAACGUACUCUAAGUAUCACACAAAUUUAAAUUUAAACUACGUUAUCGCGUGUCCCGGAAAUUGUAUUCCUUAUUAACAUAAAAAACAUCAUGAAGUUUCUCAUCUUGUGCUCAUUUGUUGUUGUUGCUGCCAGCGCUUUGAAAAUCCACGAUUUAGGUCAUUUCGGUGGACACGAACAUGGACAUGAACAUGGACAUGAACAAGAACAUGGACACGGACACGAACAGGAGCAUGUGGAAUUCAGCCAUCAUGAAGUUGCUCCCCAACACGAGGAAACCGAACAUCAUUCUCACGUUGAGCACAAGCACGCCCAAUCUCAUCAAAGCGUCAAAUUGCAUCACUAUCAUGCCGUUCCUGUUUACGUUAAGAAGGAAGAUCAACAUUUAGUCAAGAAACCCGUCGAAAUUGGAGACACCAAGCAAAUAUUGAAACUCAUUCAUCCCGAAACUGAGAAGAACCAUAACCACGGUGCCGUAUUGGAGGAACAUAGCGAAUCCAAAUUCCAUCAUAUCGGUCAUUAUGAAGAGCCACACUUUGAACAUUAUCAUCAUCAUGAAUAAGACUCUAUGAUAAGCUUCAUACGUAGGCUGUAAAUACUCGCGAAGAGAUCCUUCUUGUGAUGUUCCUUUUUACUCAUUUCAACCAUUGUAGGAGUAAAUCUCCAAGCGAUAGUGAUUUUCCUUUCGAUAUAACAUAAUAAAUUAACACAAUUUCUUCUUUCAUGGA